UGGAUUAAGGCAUAUGUUAUUUUGCAGAGUAAUAUUAGGAAAUACAGAAGUAAUUGAAGCUUCAUCCAAACAAUUUCAACCAACUUGUCACGAUUUUGACUCUGGGGUUGACAAUUAUUUGGCUCCUAAAACAUACAUUAUUUGGCCUUCUAAUAUGAAUUUUCAUAUUUUACCAAAUUUUCUAGUGAGUUUCAAGGGUCCAUUAUUAUUAGGUAACUCUUCAAAAAUCAAGAAUAUUCCACUCAAGCCUACACCACGUAUAAAAUUUUAUAAUUUAUUGCGUGUGCUUUCCAAUUUUUUACAUCCUUCAAGAAUGGUUUUGAUCUCAAAGAACUAUGAAGAUUUUCAGAAAAAGGAGAUCUCAAAAAUGGUAUUUGUUCAGAAGUUGAGGCAAAUAGCUGGAGAUACAUCACUACUUAAGAGUUGUCAUGAUAUUGUAUCCAAACAUUAAGGUAGAGCAAGGGGUCUGACUCUAUGUUUUUUCCUUAUUUUAAUUUUUUUAGUAUUUAACUAUUAUUAUUUGUAA